CUCUUCAGUAUUGCACUGAUCGCUUCAGUACCCCAUCUUUAUUCUCCAUUUUCUUCGCCAGUCGAGUUCGCCGUCGCCUUCUCCGUCGUGUCUCCGUCGCCGUAUCUCCACAUACAAUUCAAAUGUUUACAGUUUCGCCGAGCAAUCAUUUAUACUUACAGAAAGACUUAGUGUCUUCCAGACGGGGAUUUUUCGCGGUCUCCGGCGCAAGGAGCAAGUUCUGUGUCCGGAAAGCUAGGGAUUCACGAUGUAGAUCUUUGUUCGGCGGGAAUGGAUCGGUUGGACCGGUGAUAAGCAGCCUGAAGAAAACUGUGGAAGCUGCUUCUCCAUCGAAGAAAAGAGAUGGCAAUGAGUCUAAGAUUUCUUCUUCUCUUUCUGGAGGAAUCGAAGUCAGGGCGAUGAUAAAGAUCAGGAAGAAGAUGAAGGAGAAGUUGACAGAGAAGAUCGAUGAUCAGUGGGAGUAUUUUAUCAAUGGGAUUGGCCAAGGAAUAUUGAUUCGUCUAAUUAGUGAAGAAAUCGAUCCUGAAACCAAUUCGGCAAGAAGCAUAGAAUCUUCUGUGAAAGGAUGGUUGCCGAAACCUGUCAACGGUGUUCACGUUUUGGACUACGCUGCUAAUUUCACAGUGCCGCGUGACUUCGGCAGUCUUGGGGCUGUUCUUAUCACCAAUCUUCACGCGAAAGAGUUCUAUCUCAUGGAAGUUGUAGUUCAUGGCCUUGAUGUUGACCCCGUUUACUUUCCGGCGAACACCUGGAUUCAUUCACGGAAUGAUAAUUCGGAUAGUAGAAUUAUCUUCAAAAAUCACGCCUACUUGCCAUCACAAACGCCGCCGGGCCUUCGUGAUCUUCGCAGCAAAGACUUGUCGAGCAUUCGGGGCAAUGGACGAGGUGAAAGGAAGCCAUACGAUAGAAUUUAUGACUAUGAUGUUUACAACGAUUUGGGUAAUCCUGAUAAGAGUAAAGAUCUUGCUAGGCCUGUUCUGGGUGUUGAAAAUAGGCCUUAUCCUCGCCGCUGUAGAACUGGUCGGCCUCCAAGUUCUUCAGAUCCGCUUACUGAGAAACGAAUUGAAAAGCCACAUCCAGUUUAUGUUCCUCGGGAUGAAACUUUUGAGGAGAUAAAGCAAAAUACAUUCUCUGCUGGGAGAUUGAAGGCUCUGGUCCACAAUCUUGUACCUUCUAUUGCAGCUACAUUGUCAAAAUCAGACAUAUCCUUUAAGUGUUUUUCAGAAAUUGAUAAGUUGUAUAUCGAUGGCGUUGUCUUGAACGAUGAAAACCACCAAGAGAACUCUCAAAAGUUGUUUCUUAGCAAUAUUAUGAAGCAAGUUGUUAACGCUGGUCAGACAUUGUUGAAGUAUGAGAUCCCAGCUGUGAUCAAAAGUGAUAGAUUUUCUUGGCUGAGGGACAACGAGUUUGCACGACAGACUCUGGCUGGUGUCAACCCAGUAAACAUCGAGUGUUUGAGGGAAUUUCCAAUCCGCAGCAAACUUGACCCUAAUGUUUAUGGGCCUCCAGAAUCAGCCAUUACAAAAGAAUUGAUAGAGAAGGAGCUUUACAAUGGCAUGAGUUUAGAACAGGCUAUAGAAGAAAAGAGAUUAUUUGUACUUGAUUAUCAUGACAUUCUUUUGCCAUUUAUCAAGAAGAUCAACGCAUUGCCAGGGAGAAAAGUCUAUGCCUCUAGAACAGUGUUCUUCUAUUCCCAGACUGGUAUCUUGAGGCCUAUCGCAAUUGAGCUCACACUGCCUCCAACACCUUACUCAAAAACCAAUAAACAUGUGUACACUCAUGGCCAUGAUGCUACAACCCAUUGGAUUUGGAAGCUAGCAAAAGCUCAUGUGUGCUCUGUUGACGCCGGAAUCCAUCAACUUGUGAAUCAUUGGUUAAGGACUCACGCAAGCAUGGAGCCUUAUAUAAUUGCAACUCAUAGGCAACUGAGUUCCAUGCACCCUAUUUACAAGCUGCUUCAUCCUCAUAUGCGCUACACACUGGAAAUUAAUGCAUUGGCUCGUCAAAAUCUUAUAAAUGGUGGGGGAAUUAUUGAGGCCAGUUUCCUUGGGGGUAAGUAUUCCAUGGAGCUAAGCUCUGCAGCAUACAAGAACAUGUGGCGAUUUGACAUGGAAGCAUUACCGGCUGAUCUUAUUAGAAGGGGUAUGGCUGUGGAGGAUCCUGCAAUGCCAAAUGGUGUGAGACUUGUAAUUGAAGAUUACCCAUAUGCAGCAGAUGGUCUCCUUGUAUGGUCAGCCAUAAAAGAAUGGGUAGAAUCCUAUGUUGAACACUUCUACUCGGAGCCAAAUUCCGUCACAAACGAUGUUGAACUCCAAGCUUGGUGGAGUGAGAUUAAGAACAAAGGCCAUCCUGAGAAACGAAAUGAACCUUGGUGGCCUAAACUCAGUACUAAAGAGGACCUAUCCGGCAUACUCACAACAAUGAUUUGGGUGGCAUCUGGACAGCAUGCUGCAAUAAACUUUGGGCAGUACCCUUUCGGAAGUUAUGUGCCGAAUCGUCCGACGCUAAUGCGAAGGCUCAUACCACAGGAGGGUGAUCCCGAUUAUGAGAAUUUUAUCGCCAACCCCCAACGUAGUUUCCUAUCUUCUUUGCCAACUAAACUUCAAGCAACAAAAGUGAUGGCAGUUCAGGACACAUUGUCAACUCAUUCACCAGAUGAGGAGUACUUGGGUCAAGUGAACCAAAUACACAGCCACUGGAUCGACGACAAAAGGGUGUUGGGGUUAUUUACCAAGUUCUCAUCAAGAUUGGAGGAGAUUGAAGAGAUUAUAAACAGUAGAAACAAGGAUGCCCGUCUUAAAAACAGAAGUGGUGCAGGUGUUCCUCCAUAUGAGCUACUUCUCCCCACAUCUGGUCCAGGGGUGACUGGUCGUGGAAUCCCCAACAGCAUAUCUAUCUAAAAAGAGUAUUCAGAUUUAUGAUCUGGGUUUUGUUUAUCCAACUAUAUGCUUCCCUAUGGUGCUUGGAAUUCAGAGAUAUUUAGUUCAUUAUAAAUUUGUAGAUUGAGAGUAACAUAAUGAUAAUAAGAGGAGGAUUUACACGCCAUUAAACCUUUA